UUCCUUUUUGGAAAAAGUUACGAUUACUGGGUUUAUGUUGUAUGUAGUGUUAUGGAAGAAACUAGUGGACAUGACGUCAUAAAAGUUUUUAACUUCACACUAACCAAAUUUCAGAAAUCUGCACUCAACAAUGAAUUGCAAACGAUAACGCGCACAGUGAUACGUGAGUUAAGGAAAUCUCAAUUCUCUCAUAGUCCAUACAGUUGGAAACAAUUAAAAUUACUUCAUCGUCCCAUUUCUACAGUCCGCACAUUAACAGCUUCUGUUUAACUCAAUUGGACAUCCUGAUUACGACUAAUUAACAUACAUUUUGGCGCUUUUUUGGCAAUUCGAGCCAUAUGUUAUCGCGAGAGGUGUCCUGUAUAACAGUUCGGGCUUGCUGAUAAGUCGAAACACAGUUAUGGAGGCUUUUUUCGAGCAACUUUACUCGAGUAUAGUUAACUAUAAGGUGAAUAAAUGCUGCUUCAUCGUACCACUCAGGCCUGGCAUCUUGAUUCUCGGGUAUUUCAAUAUCAUUGUCUCGGUGAUCCUGAUAGUGGGUGCGGUGAGCGACACAUUCGCACCAACCUUUAAGCAGGUGCAGUUCUCGGUGCUGGAAGAUGCGUCUAACAUCACAGGCGUCUUAAACCCUACCAUCGAGCUCGCCUUCAACGUCGUCUUACUAUGCGGCAUGCACAGGGCCGACAUUACGCUACUGAAGGUGUACACGUACUACGGGCUGGCAGCCAUCGCUAAGACCAUCAUCGAGUACUCCAUGGUGAUCAUCGGCAUCAGCGCCGUGUUUACUACGGUCAUCGUAUUUUCUAUACUAUAUCAAGCGUACUUAAUUUUUCUGGUGAGGAGCGAAAUCGUCGACAUAAGACUACAGCAAUAUCUGAAUAAAAACGGCUAUACUCGGACAUCCCCUCCUAACAACCAACUAAAUUUAAACGUUACGAACACAGAAACAAAUGAACAGAAUAACAUACGUUCUAACACAGUCGAAAAAUCCCCUAAAGAGGCGGUAGAUACUAAAGUGGAAAUCGUUGAUGAGAAAAAACCGGAAGUAAAAUUUGAUAGAGUCAGCAGAGGUGCCAUUGCAAGACUGAGUGACAAAUACAAAGUUACUAGUGCUGAGAACAAAGGUUCCAAAACAGACACGACAAAAGCGAGUGAUACAAGUUCUGAUCAAGACAACGCUGUAAAAACACCCGAAGAAGUGAUUCCCAGUACUUCUAAAGAUGUGAAACAGGAAGCAAAGAAAAGUGACGAUAGCAAAGUGAUAAAAACAAUAUCUGAAGAUAAAGAAAAUGAUGAGGCGAAAAAUGCCCCUGUUCCAAAAAAACGUGGAUUGUUUAGACGCAGCAAGUCUGAUAAAUAAAGAGACAUUGUCUAUAAAGCAGCAGAUGAUGUAAAAUGUACUACACUACCGAGCUUUUCUGAGCGCUGAAAUGGCGGCCCUUGUGUUGAUUUUCAUAAUAGUUUGUGUUGCCAAUACAAGAAAUUAUUCACUCAUUAAAUUCCCAGAAUGAGUCAAAAUUUAGUUUGUCAAUAUUGCGACCUAAGUGAAUGGUAGUCACUGCUUGAGCUCCAAUAAUUUUCGACCUAUUAAAAUAAAUGACGACUGCGUCGUACUAUAUUAACUUAGUUUUUCUAUUAAAAUAAUGAAAGGUAUUUAUUAUUAUGAU